AUGCCGUCAAAUUCGGAAGACAAAAAUCGUCUAUCAUUAUGUGAUAUUAUUAUGCCAUAUGUUUAUAUUCGUUCAUUACUUAUUUAUGAUUAUCAUAUUGAUAAUUUAGAAAACUUAUUUAAUGAAUAUCUUCAUUUAUAUUGUCCACAAGCAUUUCAAUGUAUUAUCUAUGAUGAAAAUACAUUAUUAGAUGGACGAAUUGUAGAACAAGAACGAAAUAUCUUUUCGUAUGAAUCAAGAAUAAAUGAAAGCUCAUCGAGAUAUCUUAAUAAUGAUUGUUCUAUUGAAGAUUUAUUUCCGUAUGGUAUAAUACCAACAGAUAUAUCACCUUUAAUCUUUAUUCAUCAAAUAGAUUUUCAAGAUGGAACUAUAUUAGCAUUUGGUUGUCAUCAUUAUUUCUCUGAUGGUCAUGGAUUUAGUUUAUUAGGACAACGAUUUUCUUUAUGGUUAAAAGAGAAGAAUCCACUUUUAUUCGAUCAUGAUCGCUCGAAAUUAAGAUGUUCAUCUUCAAUUAAAUUUGAU